CCCUCUUUAAAUCACAAUUUAAAUUCUCUCUCUCUCAUCCCGAUUCGUGUUUUUUUUUUUCCUGUAUAUAUAUUUCUCAGAUUUCAGACUAGAAUAACGUCAGCGAUAAACGCACAGAGAGUAUUUCGUCGUUUUCUAACAGUUUUUUGAAUUAUGGCUUUGAAAGAGAGAUUUUGUGAAGAACGUUACGUAAGCUGGGAAGAGGUAGUGGUGUCGAUGGAUAAGGGUAGGAGGGAGGUUCGUUAUUUUCUGAAAAAGAAGGGCGGUGGUUCGGAUCUCGCUCUUAUAGGUAAAGAGACGAGUUCCAGGCAUAUGUCUUAUCACUAUGCUAUAAGAGACUCUUCUUUAGGGCCUUUUUUUAAACUCAAAUCGCGUAGACACGUUCUUGAUUGGUUGGAUUCUAUCGUUUCAGAUUCUUCUUCCAGGGAAGCGACUAUGGUUGUUGGAAAAUCUGGCUAUGAACCUGACAUUGGAACAGUGAAGGAUAAUAAGAUGCAGAAGAUGCGCAAUUGUACACAUCCAUUUUCAUGGGUAGGGUUGCCGUGGACAUGUAGGAAAAGAAGAAAUCACUAUCAGUCAUUUGAACGGAAUGGUUUUCAGAUAUCUGUGAAUGAUUUUGUGUUUGUUUUAGCAGAAGAGAACAAACGUCUGGUUGCCUACUUGGAAGACCUGUACGAGGAUUCCAGAGGCAACAGGAUGGUUGUGGUUCGCUGGUUUCACAGAAUUGAUGAGGUUGGUAUUGUUUUACCUCACAGUUUUAGUGACAGAGAAGUUUUGUUUUCUCUUUUUCUUCAAGAUCUGAGUAUUGAAUGCAUAGAUGGUUUGACUUCCGUCCUCAGUCCCCAGCACUAUGCAAUGUAUCGGAAUGAAGUUCAUCACGCCUGUCCAGAACCAUUUGUGUGCAGCAACAAGUUUGAUAAUGAUGAUGUCAAACCCUUUGAUAUAACUCAAAUUAAGGGUUACUGGAGACAGGAAAUACUGAGGCAAAUGUGUGCCAACUCUGACUUAAAGUCUAAUGGGAGCUCAGGGCAAUCAAAAGAUGGCCCAAAACUUGAAGAAAAUCUCCCGUCCAUUUCUGGGAUCAGACCUAUGAAGAGACAGCGUUGUACAAAAGUUGACGGAACAGAUGCUGUUGAGUUAGUUGCCCUUAAAUCGGAAAAUUUAAGUAACGGUAAGAUUGAUGCCAAAACCAGCAAUGGAAACAAUUCAUUAAAACUGGCUGGGUCCACCAAGAUGGCCACCAUCAAAGAGGCAAAUGAACCUGCUUCGCAUUAUUUAGCUGUAGGUUCCAAUAUUGAGGUCCUCUCUCAAGACAGUGGAAUUAGAGGAUGUUGGUUUAGAGCUUCAGUUAUCAAAAAGAGCAAAGAUAAAGUGAAGGUGCAAUAUUACGACCUUCAGGAUGCAGAGGAUGAAGCUAAGAAGCUUGAGGAAUGGAUUUUAGCUUCUAGAAUUGUGGUACCUGAUGAUCUGGGUCUCCGAUUACCCGAGAGGACCAAGAUCCGACCACAGUCAAACAAACGUGGAAUGUCCUUUGUUGCUGAUGUUGGUUACAUUGUUGAUGCCUGGUGGCAUGAUGGAUGGUGGGAAGGCAUUGUUGUUCAAAAAGAGUCUGAUGCCAAAUAUCGUGUCAAAUAUCACGUUUAUUUCCCAGGUGAAAAGACGGUCUCAAUUUUUGGUCCUAGUAAUUUACGGCAUUCUCGAGAUUGGACAGGGAAUGAGUGGGUUAAAUUAAGGCAAAGGCCAGAUGUUGUUACUUCUAAAUUAUCAUUUUCAAGCUUGAAAGAAAAACAAAAUUUAUCCAAUGGAAGUUCAAACGCUGCACCUAUGGGGGAUGGAAUACAAUCUAAGCAGACUGAUAUUUACUCAGGUUCUUCUGAAAGGGAUAAACUUAUUAGAAAGCCCGAGGUUGUUCCAGAUCUUUUGAAGGAUGUUUUGUUAUCCCAGUUAAGGUGGAAGUCAUCCCGGAAAAGGAAUCAAGGUGGUAGUACCUCUCACCAGAAGCAAAAGUGCAGUGAUAGACCCAGGAAAUUGUCCCCAGCGUUUAUGGAGUCUGAAGAUUCAGAUAGUUUUGUGAUUCCAGCUUCAUUGAAAGGUGACCAUGACCAUGAUGACUACAAAUACCAGGGAGAUCCUUCCAUUUUCAGUUCCUCGGUCGUCCCAUCUUUAACCAACAUGGUUAUGUGUAGAUGAUUCCGUGUUGUUGUUCUCUUUAGAAUGGUGUCUGCUUUUAGGGUUACCUGCCUCAUCUUCCCAGUAUUUGUUUAUUUAUUUAACCCUAAAACCUUUGUUCAUCCAUUCCUAACUUAGGAAUUAGGCUUUUGUUGGCCCUUUAUUUUUGGGUAUUUUGUGGCAUUGGAGCCUCAUUUAAUUUGGGUUCUUGUAUCCGUUUGAAGCAAGGAUGAUGCCUGCACAAGUUUUUGGGCAGAAGGUGUAAACAUAGUGGAAUAACCGACGAUGGCUUUGACUUUAGGAAUAGCUGUUACCUCUGUUUGUAGUGCCAAUAAUACAAAGUUUACCUUUCUUGUUCUUUUUUA